AUUCAGGAAGUUAUGUAACACUUCAUGACGCGGGUUAAUAUCCAGCACCUGGAUGUUUGAAAAUAUCUGUGCUUCCUGUGUUGCAAAAGUAGAGAAAAGCAGAAGCGAUACAUCAUGGGAGUGAAGACUGUUUUGCUUCUGAUUGUGGGGGUUCUUGGAGCAUAUUAUGUUUAUACUCCUCUCCCAGAUAAUAUUGAGGAGCCUUGGAGGCUGCUGUGUGUGAAUGCACAAAUGAAAACACUAACAAAUUUGGCUCUGUUUGCUGAAUACUUGGGAAUCAACGAUUUCAUGAACACUGUAAAGUUCUUAACAAGCUUUCAAGAAGUUCCACCCACAUCUGAUGAAAAUGUCACUGUGACAGAGACAACUUUCAACAACAUUCCUGUCCGUGUGUAUGUCCCAAAACGAAAGGCGAAGACGCUCAGAAGGGGCUUAUUUUUUAUUCACGGUGGUGGUUGGUGUCUAGGGAGUGCUGCUUGGUUUAGUUAUGACUUGCUGUCAAGACGGACAGCUGAUCAACUCGAUACUGUCGUCGUCUCAACCAACUACAGACUAGCACCUGAAUAUCAUUUUCCAAUUCAGUUUGAAGAUGUCUACGAUGCACUAAAGUGGUUCUUACGCCAAGAUGUUCUUGAAAAAUAUGGAGUAGAUCCUGAGAGAGUUGGUGUUUCUGGAGACAGUGCUGGUGGGAAUUUAGCUGCAGCAGUGGCUCAGGAGCUCAUCAAAGACCCAGAUGUCAAGAUCAAACUCAAGACCCAGUCUUUAAUAUAUCCUGCUCUUCAGACUCUCGAUAUGGAUUUACCAUCAUAUCGGGAAAAUGCACAGUUUCCAAUUUUGCCCAAAUCAUUCAUGGUCAGGCUCUGGAGUGAAUACUUUACCACAGAUGGAUCAUUCGAAAAAGCCAUGCUUCUCAAUCAGCACGUCCCAGUGGAAUCGAGCCACCUGUUCAAAUUCACUAAUUGGAGCUCCUUGCUCCCUGAUAAAUUUAAGAAAGGACAUGUCUAUAACACUCCAACCUAUGGUAGUUCUGAACUGGCCAAAAAAUAUCCCGGGUUCCUGGAUGUGAGGGCAGCACCCCUUCUGGCUGAUGACGCCCAGUUGCGUGGCUUACCCCUCACCUAUAUUGUGACCUGUCAGUAUGACGUGCUGAGAGAUGAUGGGGUCAUGUAUGUCACCCGACUCCGUAAUGCUGGUGUGCAAGUGACACAUAACCACAUAGAGGAUGGAUUCCAUGGGGCUCUUUCCUAUAAUGGAUUUAAAACUGGAUAUAGAGUAGAAAAGCAGUAUUUUAGUUGGCUAAGGGAAAAUCUAUAGUAAAAACUUAAGCAAUGAUUUCUUUAAAAGUAUACAAGCCUCAGAACAGGAAAUUAAAUGGGUGAAAAUCAAAGAACUAAUAUUUGAAUUGAUGUUUAUCAUCUGUGACUUUCCGAAGACCCUCAUAGCUACAGUAUUUGGUUUGUUUUGUUCUGUUUGCUUUUACCGUUGGCAACUACUUUCCUAUUUUAUUCAUUGUUUCAUGUGCUUUUCAGCCAUUUCUAUGAAAAUAGUUACUUUCCUGUUUUUGGUACUGUUCUUUAUAUCUAUAUCUCUGAUUUACAUUACUCUUCUUUCACUUGCCUGGCAGUGUUUCAGUUGAGAAGACAACAGUUUUUGACAGUCUGGCGUGGUUUUGGAAAUGCCAGAGUUUUGAUCAGCAUAGAUGUAGAAACUCAAAAUGCUGCCCUCUAGUAACUGAUAAGAUGUUUCUACCCUUUUUAAUAGUCUUGGCCCCUGGGCCAGCGAUGAGCUUAGUGGGUAAAGGCACCACAUGCAGCGCCAGCAUCCCAUAUAGGCGCCAGUUCAAGUCUUGGCUGCUCCACUUCCAAUCCAGCUCUCUGCUAUGGCCUGGGAAAGCAGUGGAAGAUGGCCCAAGUCCUUGGCCCCUGCACCCACAUGGGAGACCCGGAAGAGGCUCCUGACUCCUGGCUUUGUAUCAGUGCAUCUCUUGCCGUUGCAGCCAUCUGGGGAGUGAAGCAGCAAAUGGAAGGCUUUCUUUCUGCCUCUGCCUCUCUGUAACUCUGCCUUUCCAAUAAAAUAAAUAAAUCUAAAAAUAAAAAGUCUUGGCCCCAGUACAGAGCCAUUAACUAUCAUUGUCAAACCAUUUCUUAAUGCAAAACUCUUCCAGUACUACAAUACCACAAUUAGUGCCAAUGAGAUCUUAGGCACUUAAGAAAAAGUCAGCGGUAAUCAUGUGACAAAUUUGGGAGGCUGAGAUUGGCAAGGAGUCAACACAAGUCAGUAGCUCCUUGCAUGUCAGUGGCUGACAGUGGUGAAUGAAGCUAAGACAUGGAAGAAAUACUACAAUCAAGUUGAGGGCCCAGAAUUGUGGUACAGAAGCAUUAAGCUGCCACCUGUGAGGCUGGCAUCCCUUAUCUGAGCACUGGUUCCAAACCUGACUACUCUGCUUCUUAUCCAGCUCACUGCUUGCUAAUGCACCUGGGAAAGCAAUGGAAGAUGACCCAAGUACUUGGACCCCUGCCACCCACAUGGAAAAUUAGGAUGGAGUUCCUGGCUCCUGGCUUUGGGUCAGCUGUUGCAGCCAUUUGGGGAGUAAACUCUGUCUCUCCCUUUCUGUCUGGAAUUGUAUAAUAUGAAAUGUAUAACAUACCGUUCUUUGAAAAUCUUCACUCACUUUGUUUCUAUGCACUCUACUGUGUGUUUCAUGUCAGCACUUUUGCUACUUCUUUCAUUUCCUCUCUGAACAUCUCCUUCCAUUCAAGGAUGAGGAAGGGCUGAAUCCCUAAAAUGAGAAGAACGUGGGCACUGGUGUCAGCUCCUUGAAUCUGGAAGCACACAGACCAAUUCAUCAUGUACCUGCCCCACAGAAAGCAGUGAACUACAUGUGGCUGGAAGCUAUUGCAGAUUUAGCCAGUGCUUUCUUUUUAUAUCCAAACUUCAGAAUAAAUUCUGGCACAUUUUUUCAUCACUGGGGAAGGACAUUCAUAUAUUCAAAAGUUCAUGUAAUUGAAAUUAAAAUAUCUGUAAAACAUUUGAAAACCAUGUACUAUUUUUCUUUAAAAUAUAUCAAGGGGGCUGGCACUAUGGCAUAGCAGGUAGAACUGCCACCUGCAGUGCCGGCAUCCCAUAUGGGCGCCAGUUCUAGUCCCGGCUGCUCCACUUCCAAUGCAGCUUUCUGCCAUGGCCUGGGAGAGCAGUGAAAGAUGGCCCAGGUCCUUGGGCCUCUGCACCCAUGUGGGAGACCCGGAGGAAGCUCCUGGCUCUUGGCUUCGGAUCAGCACAGCUCCAGCCAAUGCAGCCAAUUAGGGAGUGAUCCAGCGGAUGGAAGAUCUCACUGCCUCUCCUCUUCUGUGUAAUUCUGACUUUCAAAUAAAUGAAUUAAUCUUAAAAAA